CGUCGGAUGGACGUGUCCAUGGCGAGUUAGGUCGCUUCAGCUGGAUCGAGCUCGAGGGUUUUGCUAUGCCACGACGCCGCCGAGGGGAGCAGGCGCUGAUGCGGCGACGCAGCUAGGCGAGAUCUCGGCGAGCGCCUUCUAGAGGUAAGAUUUCGGUCCAGGGAUCGAUCGAUCCAGUCGAGGCUACAGCGCGCCCUCAUCCUCGCUUGCGCUGGCUCGAUUUCUAGGCGAUGGCGGCAUUGUCGCUCCCGGGGCGAGGGUCGGGGCAUCUACAUUGGCCAGUAGAUGCCGAUUUGUAGCAGUGAGUGUAGGGAUUGCCAUGCCAGUGGAAGGAUAUGGCCGUCGGCCGGGUGUUAAUGAAGGUUAUGGGGAAGAACGAUGAGGGAGCUCCAUCGUCGGCGGCUUUGGAGACCGAGGGUCCCGUGAAUCCACAGGACUGCCGCUCGUGCUUCCAGAGGUCGACUUGGAGAUGGAUCGUCACGGUGGUUCUCAGCUUGCAGCUCUUGGUGUUUGUUUUGCUCACCGUUGGCAUUCGUAGAGGACACAACGGUGCGAAGAACUCUUUCAUCGAAGCUCCAUUCAUGUUCACGUUUAAGCUCCAGAGAUCCGCUUCAGUCAUCGAAAGAUACAAAGCGGAGCUUGAGGCAAAUCUUUCGAGCCAUAUCCCUUCCUCAAACAUGAAGGUGUCUCUAUUGUACGUAAACCAAACCAACGAUUGCAGAUAUGCCGAAGUUCGCUUUCAGCUCCUUCCCGACCAUCGGGCGCCUUACAACGAGUCUGCUGUCAAGAAGAGCCUCGUGAAGUUUUUCCUGCAACAGAGGAACCUUUCUCUGACGCCAACGACAUUCGGACAAGUGUACGAUUUCCAAAUCAACAAGUUUCCUGGUGGAUUGAGCAUCGUCCCUGGGAAGUGGCAGAAGUCUCUCAGGAGGCCGUCGCUUUUCAACUUCACAUUGCCCAACAGUACCAUCUCAGGCGUGAGUAGCAACUUUCGAGUUUUCAAGCAUCAGCUCGCGGGUGGGAUCAGUCUGCAACACAACGAGACUUUGAUCGCUCGGCUGACAAAUCUAAACGGCUCCACGGUGGAGUCUCCUGUCAUCAUACAGGCUACGGUAUUCCCUGCCGGACGCCAUUUUUCUUCGACGAGAAUAAGGCAGCUGGCUCUCAAGGUCUCAAGGCACCGGAAGAACCUCAGGCUAAACCAUACGCUGUUCGGGAGGGUGAAGGAUAUACAACUUUCGCCAAUGUUUCGGCACGCUCUGGGACUUGAUAUCGCUCCAAGCCCAGCUCCAAGCCCAGCUCCAGUCUCAGGUGGGUCGCAGGAAUACACAGACUACAGCUAUGGACGCUCCCCAAAGUUGUUCUAUCCUGGAGCUUACGACGCCCCAGCUCCCGCUCCGGUUUACUCCAUCCAGACCGGGUUUGCAAAGUCACCGGACUUCGUCUCGGCUGCUCCAGAUUUUCCCGAUAAACUUUCGGGAGGCAUGGCUUUUGUUCCGGGAGUAGCAGAGCCUCAGAGUUCUUCAAGUUGGUAUUCUCAGAGAUUAUCAGCUAUGCGAAAUGUGCUAGUGGCAACGGCGAUCGCUCUAAUGCUGUGAGAGAUCGAUCGAUCUAUUCAUCCAUCGAUCGCCAAAGAAAAGAAUGGAGAAUUGCCGGCAAGCCAGGCACGAAGAAAGAACUCUACAGGAGAGAGAGGUCUCGUGUAAAUAAGUAACGUCUGUGUUGUCCUAACCUUCGGAGAUUUUGGAUCGCCAGCCCGAGACAAAGGUCUCGCGCUGGAUGGAAAGAAAAAAAAUUACUCCUAAGAACAAAGUGAAAAAGUAAUAAAGGAGAGACCAUUUUAAGGGUUUA